GAAAUUAAACCUGUUCAAACUGAUUCUCAAUUUUACAAGUUCAAAUACACAACACUUUCACAUAAAUGUUCUAUUGUACAUUUUCAAUUGCGGAACCUAUUAUGGGCAACUGGAAGAAAUGACGUGUUUUAUACAUAUUCUUCACGCAUUCAUUAUUGGAAUUCAAUAAUGAAAAAAUCAAAAGUGGCAUUGGAUCUGAAUUACAACAACCGUGUUAACUCAGAAACUCCUUUUGAAAUCAGCACAAUCGCUUGCAGGGAUAAUUAUCUACUUGUUGGUGGAUUAUAUGGUGAAUAUGCGUGUCGAAGACUUGAUGCAGAUCCUGUUCAUUUUGGACAGAUAACAACGGAUUCUAAUGGAAUAACAAAUCACAUGGAUAUUAUUGGAUCAAGAACGGGGGGUCAGUCAUUCAUAAAAUGCACAGCCGUGAGUCCGGACAAAAAUUUAUUGUGUGUUGUUGGUGAUGAUACUGACACAGUGAUUGCAAGUGCUGAUUCAAGAAAGACUAUUGCAACUCUUCAAGGUCACAUUGAUUAUUCGUUUGCGUGUUGUUGGAGUCCGGAUGGACGGGUUAUUGCAACAGGCAAUCAAGAUAAAACAACCAGGUUGUAUGAUACGAGAAAUAUGUCCAAAGCGUUCAAUGUACUGGGUGCGAAAAUAGGUGCCGUGAGAUCACUUCAUUUUUCUGAGGAUGGACGUUAUUUAGCUAUGGCAGAACCGGCUGAUUUCGUGCACAUAUUCGACGCACACACUUUUGAUCGAUCUCAAGUAAUUGAUUUGUUCGGUGAAAUUGCGGGUGUCACUUUUACUCCAGAUACAGACGGAUUAUACAUAGCAAAUGCUGAUGAGAAUUAUGG